UGGAUGGUGCCGUGGAACAUUCUGAUGAAGCUUUACAGAAGAAUGUAACAUUGGACUCUUCUAGUCCCCACAGGGUGCAAAGACCUCACUUCAUUCUUUGAUGGAUGCCCUUGCCUUUGGCACUCUACCAGUCUGGUCACAUGACACCCAAUUAAUGUCAGCCGAACCUGAGGCCAUGUUAUUUGAUACUGUGGUAGUUAUAUCACUAAGAAGAGUACUUAUGCUGGAACCUGUGAUCAAGUUUUAAAGGACCCAGGAAUAGCCAAAAAGCUAGUCCCCCUCGGUUCGUGACAGUCGAAGAACUUGUGGAGACAGCAAAAGGCGUCACCAACAUGGCUCUAGCCCAUGAGAUCGUGGUAAAUGGAGACUUCCGGAUUCACCCUGUGGACUUACCAGAGGACAGCUUGGAGAAGAGAGUAAAGGAGAUCGUACAUAAAGCUUUUUGGGAUUGCCUGAGUGUCCAACUAAGUGAAAACCCCCCGACGUACGACCAUGCCAUCAAACUUGUGGGAGAGAUCAAAGAGACACUUUUAUCUUUCCUGCUGCCUGGUCACACUCGACUGAGAAACCAGAUAACAGAAGUCUUGGACCUGGAUCUGAUAAGGCAGGAAGCAGAGAACGGAGCCCUGGACAUUGCUAAGCUGGCAGAAUUCAUCAUUGGCAUGAUGGGGACACUGUGUGCGCCCGCUCGAGACGAGGAAGUGAAGAAGCUGAAGGACAUUAAGGAGAUCGUGCCCCUUUUCAGGGCAAUGUUUGCUGUGCUGGACCUCAUGAAAGUGGACAUGGCCAACUUCGCCAUCAGCAGCGUCAGACCCCACCUCAUGCAGCAGUCGGUUGAGUACGAGAGGGAGAAGUUUCAAGAACUGCUGGCGAGGCAGCCCAAUUCCCUGGACUUUGUCACCCAGUGGCUAGAAGAAGCCUCUGCUGACCUCAUGGCUCAGCGGUACAAACACGCCCUGUCAGCCCAGCGGGAGGCUGCUGGCUCCGAGGACGCCCUGGUGCUGAGCCCGGUGUCCGUCCAGAACUACGCCUACCUGAAGCUGCUGAAGUGGGACCACCUCCACAGACCUUUCCCUGAGACAGUGCUGAUGGACCAGGCGCGUUUCCAAGAGCUGCAACAUGAGCUGGAGCAGCUGACGGUCCUGGGGGCCGUGCUGCUGGUCACGUUCAGCACGGCGGGCGCCGGCGUCUCCAGCCGGGCGGACUUCGCGGAGAGACUCAAGAUGAUCGUGAAGGUGCUGCUGACUGACAUGCACCUGCCCUCCUUCCGCCUGGACGAGGCCCUGACCACCGUCGGGGAGAAAGUGUGCCAGGAGCUGAGCAGCUGCCUCGCGCUGUGUGGAUCCCCCGCCUUAUCCAGCGACAGGGAGACCGUGCUCAAGGGCCGGAUCCAGGCCGUGGGCAGCCGCGACGACCCUGUCCGCAGGAUCAUGGAGUCCCGAAUCCUGACCUUCUUGGAGACCUACCUGGCCUCGGGUCACCAGAAGCCAUUGCCCGCAGUGCCCGGGGGCUUGGGGCCAGUUCACAAGGAGCUGGAGGAAGUUGCCGUGAAAUUCGUCCGCCUGGUCAACUAUAACAAGAUGGUCUUCUGCCCCUACUACGACGCGAUCCUCAGCAAACUCCUCCUCCGGUCCUAGCACGCAGGCGCCCCGCCGCGGUGUUGGUCCUGGCGGCGCACACCUGGGCUCAGCUCUGCGUCGCUCCGGGAAGCGGCUAAGGAGUACAGUUCUGUCAACAGCAUUCAUUCCAAGGGCAAGGAUAUUGUGUAUCGCUGGUGAAAAGACUUGUUGAAGAAGGUACUGAAUUCUAUUUUGAGAGGUUGUAUUUAUGAGUGCAAGUUUACAAAUCAAAGGAGCUUUUGGUUGAGUGUGAUAGGUGACACUCAGCUUUUUAGCGGGUAACCGCUGUGUCGCCACUGUUACCCCAUAGAGAGGGCAGUGGCCGCGUCCUCCCAAGGAGGCUGGGACCCGGCCCUGCGGCUGGGUGGUCUCCUGUCCGGCGGACCGUGCUGACCCCAGAGUCCAAGAGGCCAAGCCAGGACUUCACCUCCUGCCCCUCCCGCACAGAGCCGCAGUCCCCUUCCCCCCCGGGUAUUUUGUGACAGAAGGGCAGUGUUUAUAAUCUCACACACACCUACUGCUUCCGCCACGCCUGGCCCAGCCAGGGCCCCGGAGCCCUUUUGUUUUAGAGCAGAGUUGAUUUUGAAAAGCUUGUUCUGUUGCAUUGAGGAGAUAGUGCCCUGUUAAAGUGGUUGGCCAGUGUGGGCAAGGCCCUGGGUUCAAUCCUUGGCACUUCAAAAAAAAGAGGGGAGAGAAAGAGAUACACAAGCUGGGCACGGUGCACGCCUGUAGUGCUGUAGCCCCAGCUACUUGGGAGGCUGAGGCAAGAACGUGCUUUGAGCCCACGACUUCAGAGCCAGCCUGGGCAACAUAGAGACUGUCUCAAAUGAAGCGUAUUCUUUUUUACAGGAUUCCUGUACCUGAACUGGGUGAUAGCAGUUCAGUCCUAGGAGAGCUAAAGAAAGGAAUUUCUUUUACUUGUUAGCCUGGCAAGUGAGGGGGGAAAUUUUGAAGAUGUGUUUUUAUGUGUAUACAUACAUAUACGUAUAUGGACAUACAAUUUAAUGUAAUAAAUGUCUGAAGUUUCUUUAUUGAAAAAUUCACUGUGAUAUAAUAUACAGAUGCAUUGACUGAAUUUGAAUUCUGGACCUAGAUCGAAAUAUUUUUAGGUAAAAUAGCCCAGUCUCACUAAUCUAGAUGGGAAGUCUUAAAAUAACCCCUGGUGUUUGGAUAGUAAUUUCCAAGAACUUCAGUGACCAGUAUUCCUGACAUGUUCUGUGACUGUAAUUUGAAUCUUACAGGUGAUCUGCUAAAAAAAUAAAUGAAAUGUGUACA